UAUUAUAGCUGCUGUUUAUGUGAUUCAGAUUCAGAUUGCAUUCCUUCACUUUCAAGGAUCCCGUAAUGCAACAGUUAGUGUUCUCUAAAUAACAAAAAGAGAAAUCAUUCAUCAGCACACACAGCUUUCUUUUUCAUUCUGAAAAAGUGGCUCCUUUUUGACAGUUGGUGAGUCAUUGAGUGUCAGGACCAGCACACCACAUUGUAAUGCUCAGAACCCAUCAUCUCCUAUAGAGAUUUGAGAGAUAGAAGAAGAGUGAGUGAUUCAGGUGUUAAGAGAGAGAGAGAAUGGGGUAAUGGUGUUCCCGUUGCUGGAUUCCAGUGCUAUUUUGUGGGGGUGUGGUUUGGUCCGAAAAUGGAUUAAAGUUAGGUUCUUUUUGUGAUUUUCUUAAUGCCCAGUUGCUUAGUUUUUUUUAUGAUUCUCUGUCUCUUCUGAGUGCUUGCUAGCUCCAAGUUCAUUACACUUGUUCACCUUCAGGAUCUCUUGGUUUCUACCUGGUUUGGUUUGGCCUUCAAAAGAAAGAGAACAGCUGCUUCUGAUUUUAAAUUGUGGGAGCUUAUAAAACAAUAAGCUGUCAUGGAUUAAGAUACUGGAGCUGUAUCCAAUUCACCAGGUAAAAGAAGAGGGAAGCAUACCUAAAGAAUCUCCAACUAGAUCAACUGUGGAGGGUGGAAAUCUAUAGACUGUUAGUCUGGCCUGGAUCCAUUAUCAGGCUUUCGCCAAAUCAAAACCAGCUGUGCUCUUGUUCUUGGCAGGAGUCAUGGCAUCAUUGUUACAUUCGGAGUCCAGACGUUUGUAUUCUUGGUGGUGGGAUAGUCACAUUAGCCCAAAGAAUUCCAAAUGGCUUCAGGAAAACCUUACAGACAUGGAUGCCAAAGUCAAAGCAAUGAUCAAGCUUAUCGAAGAGGAUGCAGAUUCAUUUGCAAGGAGGGCAGAAAUGUACUAUAAGAAGCGCCCAGAACUCAUGAAAUUAGUUGAGGAGUUCUACCGAGCAUAUCGUGCAUUGGCAGAGAGGUAUGAUCAUGCGACGGGGGAGCUACGCCAUGCCCAUAAGACCAUGGCAGAAGCAUUCCCUAACCAAGCACCUUACUUGUUAAACGAUGAUUCACCAUGUGGUCCUUCUGGCCCUGAGGGUGAACCACGAACACCAGAAAUGCAUCAUCCUAUUUGUGCAUUCUUAGGGCCAGAUGGUGUCAGCAGAAAGGGUCUAAAGCAGCUGAAUGAGCUUCUUGGGUUCUCUCAGUUAUCUGCUGAAAAGCAGAAUCUGAAGACAGAGAGCCAUUCUGAGUCUGAGCAUGCAGGGGGAGAAGAAAAUGAAGUUCAAAACUUGAGGGAAGCCCUGGCUGAAAUACAGGCUGAUAAGGAUUCCAUCUUGCUUCAGUAUCAGAAGAGUUUGGAGAAGUUAUCCGAAAUGGAAAAAGAGCUUCAUGAGGCUCAAGAAGAUGCUGGAGGACUUGAUGAUCGAGCAACCAAAGCUGAGAUUGAAAUCAAAAUAUUAAAGGAAGCUCUGUCUGAGUUAAAAGCUGAGAAGGAUGCUGGUUUAGUUCAGUACAAUCAGUGUCUGGAAAAGGUAGCUAGCUUGGAAAUUACAUUGUCUCUAGCCCAGAAAGAUGCAAAGGGGCAUGAUGAGAGAGCUGCUAAAGCAGAAACCGAAGCAGAAAAUCUAAAGCAGGAACUUGGCACAUUGGAGGCUGAGAAGGAUGCUUGUUUUUAUCAAUAUAAUAAAUGCCUUGAAAAGAUUUCUGUCUUGGAGGCUAAGAUAACACUUGCUGAGGAGAAUAGCAGGAUGCUGAAUGAGCAAAUUGAAAGAGCAGAAAUGGAAGCUAAAUCUCUGAGGAAAAGUCUUGCUGAACUGAAUGAAGAGAAAGAAGCUGUAGCUUUUCUGUACAAGCAGUGCUUGGAGAAGAUAUCUACAAUGGGGAGUGAAAUUCUGCAUGCCCAUGAAACUUCUGAUCGAUUGAAUAGAGAAAUUGAAAUAGGGGCUGAAAAACUAAGGACUGCUGAAGAGCAUUGUGGUAUGUUGGAAAAAUCAAACCGAUCUCUUCAGCUGGAGGCUGACAACCUGGUGCAGAAAAUUUCUGUAAAAGACCAAAAGCUUUUAGAGAAGCAAGCCGAGUUAGAGAGGCUACAGAGUGUGAUGCAUGAAGAGCAUUCUCGCUUCCUUCAAAUUGAAUCUACUCUGCAAACUCUGGAGAAGUCAUAUUCUCAAUCACAAGAAGAGCAAAGAUCUCUUGCCUUGGAGCUUAAACAUGGCCUUCAGCUUUUGGAGGACUUGGAGCUUUCCAAACAAGGUUAUAGGGAAGAAAUGCAACAGAUUGUUGAAGAAAACAGGACACUGAAUAAACUUAAUUUCUCUUCCACUACGUUGUUAAAAAACCAGCAAAUCGAAAUUUUCAAGUUGAAGGACAUCAAAGAGAAUCUCGAGCGAGAGUUUGCUGUAAAAGUUGAAGAAAGCAACGCCCUCCAGCGUGAAUCUCAUCACAUAAAGGAUCAAAUCCAGGGCUUGAGUAGUAGAUAUCAGGCAAUACUGGAAGAAUUAUGGUCUGUAGGCUUGAAUCCCAACUGUUUUGCAGCAUCUGUGAAGGACUUACAAAAUGAGAACUUGAAGCUAAAGGAGGUUUGCAAAAUGGAACAAGAAGAGAAAGAAGCCCUCCAUGAAAGAUCAAAGGACAUGGAUAAAAUUUUGAGAGAAAAUGUCAAUUUGGAAUGUUCCUUGUCAAGCUUGAAUGUGGAGCUAGAUGGAUUGAGGAAUACGGUGAAGAAAUUUCAGGAAUCUUGCCAUGCUCUUCAGGAAGAAAAAUCCAUUCUUGUGUCUGAGAAAUCAUCUCUACUGUCACAGUUACAAAUUAUCACUGAAAGUAUGCAGAAGCUGUUGGAGAAGAAUGCCUUGCUGGAGAAGUCCCUCUGUGAUGCAAAGAUUGAGCUUGAGGGUUUGAGGGCUAAAUCAAGUAGCAUGGAGGAAUUGUGCAAUUCACUGAAUAAUGAGAAGGCGAAUCUUCUAAAUGAAAGAAGCAUCCUGGUAUCUCAAUUAGAGAAUGUUGAAGCAAGACUCGGUAGCCUCGAGAAAAGGUUUACAAAAUUAGAAGAGCAGUAUUCUGAUAUGGAGAAAGACAAAGAAAGCAGAGUCAUCCAAGUAGCAGACCUUCAUGCAUUGCUUGUGAAGCAAAAGGAAAAGCAUUCUAAUGAUAAACAUGAAAAUGAAGCUCGAUUAGAAAAUUUGGAGAAGGUUGUCCUUCAGCUGCGAGAAGAAUAUCGGUUGGGGAAAAAGGACUUUGAAGAAGAACUUGAUAAAGCUGUAAAUGCUCAGGUUGAGAUGUUUAUUUUGCAAAAGUGCAUUGAAGACUUAGAGCAGAAGAACUUUGGUUUAUUAGUUGAAUGCCAAAAGCAUGUUGAGGCAUCAAAGUUUUCUGAUAAACUAAUCUCGGAGUUGGAGGGUGAAAACCUUAUGCAGCAGAUGGAGGUAGAGUACUUGUUAGAUGAAAUUAGAAAGUUCAAAAAGGGGAUUCAUCAAGUGUUAGGGGCUUUUCAGGUUGAUCCAGAUGGGGGGCAUAGCAAAGGGAUCAAGCAAGAGGAUGCGCCGAUAUUCCAUAUUUUGAAUAACAUUGAGGGCUUGAAAGGUUCUCUUGUUAAAAGCCAAGAGGAGAAGCAGCGGCUACUUGUAGAGAGUUCUGUCUUCCUAACUUUAAUCUCAGAACAACAAUGUGAGGGAGUAGAAUUGGAGUUGAUAAAAAAAAAUCUGGAGGAAGAGUUUGAGAACACGAGAGAGCAGCAUGCAGAGUUGCAGAAAGAUAAGCUUGAACUUCUGGAGCUGAACAACCAACUGAGUUCUGAAGUGACCAAGGGAGAGGAAAGGGAGAAUACAUUAAAGUCCAAAUUGGAGGCUCUACUUCUUGAGAUGGAAGACUUGCAGAGAACGAAGUUGAUGUUUCAGGAAGAAAAUUCUAAAGUACUUGAGGAAAAAAAUGUGCUGCUUAAGAGUGUUUUGGAGCUCAAAGAUGCAAAAUCUGCUGCUGAAGCUGAAAACGGCGAAAUCCUUCGUGAAGCACUGGCUCUGAAAAAUCUCACUUCAGUUUAUGAAAGCUUUGUCGCUGAGAAGGUCUUGGAACUAAAAGAACUGGCUGAGCAUGUCCGCAAUCUGCAGCAUAUGAACAGUGAUCUCAAAGAUGAGCUUGUUGUGCUAAAGGACAAGUUUGAGGUGAAAGAAGCAGAGCAUGUUUAUCUGAAAGAGUCAGUUGAGAGGAAGGACACAUAUUUGAAUGAAGCUGAUGACAAAAUUGAUUGUUUAAGUCAACAAAUUGAAAGUUCAGAAUAUCUCCUUGAGAAGAAAGAAACAGAGUUGUUAGAAAUGGAGGAAAGGCUAAAGGAUGCAGAGAUGUUGAAUGCAGAGUUUUGCAAAAAUGUUGAGACCUUAAAGAUGGAACAAGAAGAAUCAUGUCUAGUCAACGAAAAUCUAGAGAAGCAGAUCCUUGAACUAUCACAAGGGUGCUUGUUGCACAAAAAGGAAAUUGAACAACUUACUGAAGAAAAUAGAAGUUUGCUGUCUGAGAUGAGAUUAUUACGGGAUGAAGUUGAACAACACAGGGCUAGGGAGGAAACAUUGAACUCAGAGCUUAUGGAUAAAACAAAUGAAUUUGCACUUUGGGAGGCUGAAGCUGCUACAUUCUAUUUUGAUCUUCAGAUUUCGUCCAUAAGCGAAGCAUUGUUGGAAAACAAAGUCAAUGAGCUUACUGGAGUUUGCUCACGGCUUGAAAAUGAAAGUUCUGCGAAAAGCUUGGAGAUUGAACAGAUGACUGAGAGAGUCAAUCUACUGGAAACUGAAGUUGGAGGAUUAAAGGGGCAGUUAUCUGCAUAUAUUCCAGUCAUUAGUUCUUUGAAAGAGGAUUUUGCUUCUUUAGAGCAUACUGCCCUUGUUCAAAUCAACAAAACUUGUGAUAUCGGCAAUCAAGAGCAAAAGAAUGUAGUAAUUGAGACCUGUGUUGAAGAAUAUAGCGAUCAAAAUAUGCCUGAAGAUAGUACUGUGAUGCUAGAUGGGGUUUCAGAUUUGCUGAGCAUGAAAGCAAGGAUUAGAGCAGUUGAAAGGGCAAUGUUGGAAGAAAUUGAGAGACGAAUCAAAGAGGAAGAUCGAACCACAAAAGUAGAUGCCAGAGCUCAUCUGACUGAAGUGACAGAAGAUUCAAGGGACUACAGAAAAUUGGAAAAGGAGCCCAAGGAUAACUUCAACUUAUGGAGAACAAAAUCUGAGAAUGGAUCAUUGAUGAAAGACAUUCCUCUUGAUCACAUCUCUGAUAAUCCAGCCUCUAAGAAAAGCAGGAGAGAUAAUAGUGGUGGAACGGAUGAUCAGAUGCUUGAAUUAUGGGAAGCUGCAGAGGAGGAUGGCGAUGAUAAUGCAAUGGUUAAUGAAGCAACAAAACAGAGUUCUGCUCCAGCAGAAGAUAUCAUUUUGUACCAUCCAUCGGAUCAUUCUGGAAAAUUCCAAAACACUUCUUCUGAAUUGGAUGUAGAAAGGGAGUUGGGUAUUGACAAGCUCCAGCUGUCAAGAAGUAUAAAAGAGAGAACUCAAGAUGGCAAGAGGAGAAAGAUAUUAGAGAAGCUCAAUUCAAAUGCACAAAAACUAACCGUUCUUAAGAUGAAUGUGCUGGAUUUGAAGACAAAAAUGGAGGCAGUGAAGAGAAUUAAGAAGGGAAAUGAUGCCGAAUGCGACACAGUCAAGAGACAGAUCGAAGAUGUUGAAGGGGCUGUCCUGAAAUUAUCAGAUACUAAUGAUCAGCUCAUGAAGGAUCUCGAAGAGAGCACCCCGUCUUUAAACAAGGUGGUGUCAGCCGAAGCAGAAAAGAGUAGACAAACCCAGAGAAAGAGAGUAGCAGAGCAGGCACGAAGAGAUUCCCAAGAGAUCGGACAGUUGCAGUUCGAGGUGCAGAACAUCCAAUAUGUAAUGCUGAAAUUAGGUGAUGAAAAGAAGAGCAAAGGGAAAAGCAGAUUCUCAGGGAAAACAGUGGUGUUGUUGAGGGACUUCAUUCGCAGUGGCAAGAAAAGCAGCAGCAAAAAGCACAAAAAAGGAUGCUUUUGUGGAUGCUCAAAGCCUUCAACAACUGAGUAAGCCAGAAAAUCUAGUUUCAGUAUAUUGUAAGUAGUUAAUUAAGCAUAACUAGCAUAUUUUAGCUAGUACAUGUGUAAGCUUUAUCAUAAAUUAAGGUAUUAUUAGAGACUUUUAACUUAUCAUAGAAACCUGUCUCAGAUAUUUAUCUUUUAGCUUCCUAAAGGAUCCGUGUUAAGUGCCAUUUUUGCAAAGAAAGUAGCUUCCCUGUUAUGUUAUAGAGCAUGCAUUAUAGAAGACCAUAUCUAUCACUUUUUCUUCGGCAUUAUUGAGUUGUGAUCAUGUAACGAUAAGCUUGUUUAUAAUUA